GCUGUCACGUUCGCGAAGGUUAUAAACAGCAGUAAUCGUGUGCAAAUCUUGUCCUUCAUAUUUUCGAGAAAAGUCGGAUACAAAAAGUGAAAGUUUGACCGAAGCUGGCUGCCAUACGUCCGGCGGUGCUGGCGACGGUCCGUCACAACUUGUUCGUCAGGAAAAUGCCGAUGGCGCACCUGGCGCGGCGAUACGCAUGUCGCCACUGGAUGAAAGUGCUGACCAUGUUUGUGAUCGUUUUCGUUUUCUUCAAUCCACAAUCAUCUUCAGAGGUCAGCACGUGCAAGGGGAUAACUACCAGUCUGAGGAGGGUUGUCGCCUCGACAGCCACUCGGACCGUUUCGUCCAGCCCUUGCCCAUCGAGUACUCGGAGCGCCACCGGCGGGUGGAAAGCACCAACCGCUUCACACGCGAGGGGAAGGUCGACCGCAUGAUCCUCCACGCGCCCACCCGCACGGCCUACUGCGUCAUCCCCAAGUCCGCCUGCACGUUCUGGGUCAGCGUCUUUCGCUUCAUGAACAACGACACGGGUGGUGGGUCCUACCGCCACCCACUGGAGAUGACCCGGGUGCACGUGCACUCGGAGAAGCCCAGCGUCACGACCUUCAGUUCCAUCCACGACCCCAGCGAGCGGCCGUCUAACCUGAACGACUACUUCCGGUUCAUCUUCGUUACGCAACCCUUACAGCCGCAUCUGGUCCGCCUACAUCGACAAGUUCUUCCUGCUGGACUUCUGGAUCACGGAGGUGCCCAGCUUUCUGGACUUCUGGAAGGAAGAGGAAGAUCGGCAGUGGGUUCAGAGGUCAAUGAGGCACGCCCCCGUCGGAUUUUUCGGCAAGUGCGGCCAGGACGUGAGUUUCGCGGAGUUUCUGACCUACGUGGCAGCGAAAGGCGAGAAGGAGCCUGAGCGGCUCAACGGUCACUGGCGUCCAGUCGAGCAUCUUUGCAGCGCCAACUACUUCUGUCCGCACUUCGUCGGGCACGUGGAGACCUUCCAGCAGGACAGUGCUUAUGUUCUGGAGCGCAUGAACAUGUCCUGGCUGUUGCACGCACCGUUGCUGCAGCACGAGCUGUACCAGAUGAACAUCCUCGUGGACGACAACUUCCGGCAGCUGGACCCGAGCCUCAGCGCGGACCUCGCCUUGUAUUCCAGCUGCACCAACGUGUCGGACAUCACUCGGCGGCUAGUGAAAGCCUUCCAGAUGUACGGAUACCUUCCCACCGGUUGGAUCUUCCCACAGGAGGAGUUCGACAAUGACCCGACGGCAGAGAAGUUCAAAGCCAUCGUCUCCCGGGCGCACCGGAGCUUCACCCCUGAGGUCCGGCGGCAGUUGGCCAAACAGCGGAAGUCGGAGAUGGAGCGUGCCUACCGGAGCGUGCCCGUGGAGGUGUUGGAGAGGAUCUCCCGACUGUACCUGUACGAGUUCCUGACUUUCGACUACGAAAUGCGGCCGCCCAACCUGUUCAGCGUGCGGUACACUUCGUAAAUGAGAAAGGAAGGAGGAUGCUAGAAAAAAAUGUUCUUUCCUGUUUUCUUUUUCUCUUUCACUAGGUUGCCCUAGACUCUACUUAGUGGUCAUCAACCUCUGUGACCAAAGUUAGUAAGGGUUAGUCAGGUCUCGCACUGGCCCCUGCUCCUUUCUAUUUUUAUUUAGUUCAAUUGUAGUUUGGUCAGAGAUGGAGAGAUUGAGAAACAAAAAUGUGUGUAUGUGUGUGUGCACGCAUACCUGAGAGACAAUUAUUACUUUGAGUGUCAGAAUACCCGCUCUCUGUUUUUUUUUCUGAUUUUUUUAAAUUGAAAUCUUUAACGUGUUACGUCACGGGAGGCCACCCAGCCCGCUACGUCCGACGCCCCCAGAUCCCCCCCCCUUACAUCCGGGCUACGUCCUGAGUUCUCACGGGUCUAGUUUCGCAUAAUUUUUUGUGUGUGUGUGAACUUGUGAAUGCUUUCUUUGAAAGCAGGAAAAAAAAAUACUCACACAGCAUUUCUACAGAAAUCAUAGUCAACAAGAAUGCAAUGUUCUUAGUGUGUGAACUCGUGAAUGCUUUCUUUGAAAGCAGGAAAAAAAAAUACUCACACAGCAUUUGUACUGAUGUUAUGGUCAACAAUAAUGUUCUCUUAUUUUAUCUAUCAUCUGUAUGAUUGAAACGAUUGACCCGGUGAUAGGAAAAUUAAUGAUUUCGUCCACAGUUCGUGAACUUCGCUCAGCCUUGUGUUCUUCUCGAAUGUUUUACUCAAAUUUUCUUUGGAGGCGAAUGACAGCUGUGGGUGUUUUCCUGCCGAUGACCGUGGCGAUAAUACUCGACAUCACUUGUCGGUGAUUUUCUGUUUGUGGGUUUCCUCUCUUUCCUCCGUCAAUGCGUCUUCAAAGAGUUUUGCUCGGCUGGACGAGAGUCAAGUGUCUUCGGCUCCAGAAUCCAGUUCUUUAUUCCUUUUUCCUUCCUCUGAUCUCGAUAUUUGAUAAACAUGAAUGCCAGGAAAUGUCUUAGUUUGCCAGGUCUUGCUUUGUUCAAACCAAAUAUGGGUUGGAGGAGAGAGAUAGAGUCCGCCAUUAGUGUUUGUGUGUUUCUAGGAGGCUGUAAAGGAAAUCAGUCUCAAGAGAGGAGCAAGAUGAUAUCUGCUCACCAGCCAGGACCUGUUUCACAUCGCCUAGUAACACUGAUGGACAAAAAAAUAAAAAAAAUAAAAAAAAUAGAAAGAAAAAAAAAAAAAGAAAAGAAAACGAAGGCAACUUUCCAGAUAUUACUUUAUAAAUCAUCUUGCCAUUUUUUAUUCUAUGGUGUGUGUGUGUUUGUCUUUCUCUCUGUGCUGCCUUGAUGGUCCUGCCAGGACCUGAGCAGCAGCCGUUAUCUGUGAUCAACAAUUACUUACCAAGUUUUCGGUUUCAUUCCUGUCUGUACCCGUGAAUGCUUCCUAUUGAAAGCAGGAAUCCAUACAGACUUUAUGAAGACAAUGUUUUCACAUGACUCGCAAUAAGUAAUAGACUGUAAGAUUUACACCUGUGUGACUAUUAUAUACGUUUAUAUAUCAUCAUACCCACCCUGUAAUCGGCUCACUUUUGUGCUUACACCAUUUUUGAUUAUUAUUAUUAUUAUUAAUUUUUUUAACGGGCACGCUGUUUGAUGGCUGACAUGACGAGGGUCUCAAUAUCAUUGCCACUAUGUUUAAGUGUGUUUGUGUGUGUGUUGGAUGAUUGUAUCGACUACACACGUUGUGGCAAUACAGAGACACCUGUCUGUCAGCCGGACAAGUCAUCUUCACUGCGUACAGUAUUAACAGAUUUUGUAUUUAUAAGCAUUUUUUCUGGUCGACCAUCGUUUUUGAGACUGGUCAGUAAUUGACCCCACCCUUACAUUUACUCUCCCCCUCCCACUACCUUUCCUCUAUGAACUCGUCGACAACGUUGACAACACCAUCGCAUGAUGAGCUGCUUGUGACUAUUGGUCUUCAUUUGAUUUCCUCUCACGUGACGGACGUCCGCUGCUCAUUGGUGGCACGUGCACGUAACCGAGUGAGAGGAAGGAGAGAAGAUUCUAGAACUUGCAGUGAAAGUGUCGAUGGUGAGGUUAGCGUGACUAACCCUGUCCUCCUUACUUUUGUCUAACUUUUUCUGUUGCCAGCCUUGCCUCAAUGAUUCAAUUAAAAAAACAUUUUCUUUUACUUUAUUAUUUUUUUCAUCCCUGAUGUUCCAAAUGUUCCCAUUUUCUGACUUCUUUUCAUUCUUAAUGGCUUUAAAAAACCUGAAUUUCGUCCAUGGUGCAUUAAUUUUGCAGAGUCGUGUACGACCACCACUGCCUCUCAUUUUUUCAACGGUCCUGAAAGAUAUUUUUGGAAAUAAAAAAAAUUCUUUUAUUAUUGGUAGAGAAAAGAUUUUUUAAUAAUAUUUUUUCUUCCCUCUGGUUCUCUUGUGUUCAGGACUUUGUGAAGUCUGCAAAGGCUUGGGAUUGAUUUUGCUUUGUUCUUGCCUCUUGUGUCCAGCCAUCUGUUACGUCAGUGCUAACUGCUCCAUCGACCGUUGGAUAAAAAGCAAUAGCCAUAAAAGAAAACCUAAUUUACGGCUGAUCCAUAAUAAUCAUUCGUUUCUUGUUCUUCUGGAACAGCUUUAUUGUUCUAGGCAGGACCAAAGACUAAAUAAAAAAUUACUUCGGUUA